AGAAAUUUGUUUCAGCCAAAGGCAAAGGGCCUAAAUAUUGAUCUUCUCUCUCUCUCUCUCUCUCUCUCUCUCUCUCUCUCUCUCUCUUUCUCUUAUGUAUGCUCAUUAUUAAUAAUUUGGGUGUCAGUCUCUCAAUUUCUAAGAUCCAUUAGAGAGGAAAUGGGAAAAAUAGGUACCAAAUUGCCAAGUUUCUGUCUUAACAGGAUUAGACCUCAUGUUCGAGUUCGUUCUCCACCAAUACAAGCCAAAUUUGAUCCAAAUUCCUCUCAAACUGACCAAAAAACCCAGAUUUCUAACGUUGUGAAGGAAGAGAAAGCUGGUGGUGGUGAUCAUGGAGAAACUAAACCUUUUGCAAUUGGAAGGAAAAUCAUGAUCGUUGUUGAUUCAAGCUUUGAAGCUAAAGGAGCUAUUCAAUGGGCACUCUCUCAUACUGUUCAGAGCCAAGACAAACUUAUUCUUCUACAUGUAACUAGAACUACUUCUAAACAAGGUGAAGAAGAGCUUAGCAAAGAAACGGCUCCAAGAGCUUAUGAAAUUGUUCACUCUCUGCGGAAUAUGUGUCAGACAAAGAGACCAGAGGUAGAGACUGAGGUUUCAGUGGUGGAUGGGAAAGAAAAAGGACCAAGAAUAGUAGAAGAAGCAAGAAAGCAAGGGGUUUCAUUGCUGGUUUUGGGUCAGAAAAAACGAUCCACAACUUGGCGGCUUCUGAUGAUUUGGGCAGGAAAUAGGGCUGCUGCUGGUGGAAUGGUGGAGUAUUGUAUACAGAAUGCAAGCUGCAUGGCAAUUGCAGUGAGGAGGAAAAGCAAGAAACUAGGAGGAUAUUUGAUCACCACAAAACGACAGAAAGAUUUCUGGCUCUUGGCCUAAAAAUAAAAAUAAUAAUAGGGUAAUUUUGAUUUUUAUAUAUUUAUAUAAAUUUAAUUUUAUGGGAUGGGGCUUUGUGAAAAUGGGAGAGAAAGGGAGUCUAACCAGCUUACUAUGUUUAAAAAAACAAAUUAAAAAAAAAAAGUGUAAUGUGGUGUUCUUUAUUUUUUCUUUUUUUGUGUAUUGUCCUGUAAAUUAAUAAAGCAUAUUGAAGAAUGAGUAGGGGUUUUUAUGAAUGAUAAAAA